CUUCCUUGACAGUCACAUGAUCGUAAACCCAGAUAACAAUUUGACAAUAUAUUCACAAGGAUUUCGUGACAGUUUCAUUAUUAUAGGAUAAUUAUGACACAAAUAAGAAAAGACGUGUUAACGUUUAUGCCAUUAACGUGUACAUGGGCUCGUGAACUGAUGGAGAAUGUGGAGAAAACUUGUCUUUCAAAGGGACCACUUAGAGGUUGGAUUCCCAUGAAAAUGCAUAUAGUUGACAACCCUGAUCUUGAAGAGGCAUUUGAAGAUAGAAAAGCAGCUCUUAGAAAAAUGGGAAGAACAGAAGAAGAAUUGAAAGAGGAGUUCGGUUUUUUAGCUGAGUCAUGGAGAUCUGUUGUGAGCAUGUGUAAAUAUGGAGUCCGAUGCUCAGAAAAAAAGACAAAUAUAUUGGGUGACACGCGUGCUGGACUUCACUUGAAUAGAAACUACGAUAUGCUUCUUCGAUUUAUGACUUUUAGGAACUUCAUUACUGCCAGAUGCAUUGUCGUACUGAGGGUGGUUCCAGGGAGGGUAAAAAAGGUAAUGCCUAGGUUCAAAGGAAGAACACUCCUUCAUCCGUCAAAACACUACGAUUCACACACGUCUAUGAUACAACCUGAUCCAAACAUAACUAUAUGUGAAGGACUUGCACAUAAUUUUAUUUAUAUAUACCAACUGGAUGAGAAGUCUAAGCUUCCUCUGAUGCAUCCUCGUCAAGCGGUACCGUAUGCAGUAAUACAAUUGAGACAGCCAUAUCGUGUCACAGUAAAUCGGCCGUUCCUGUCAUUUCGUGAUAGAUUUCUUGCACAGAUGAAACACAAAGAAGCAACAAACGGUAACAAGAGUUAUAGAACUUAUAUAAAAAGGCGUCAUUUAAAAGGGACUGAAAGGAAAAGAAGCAGAAGUCGUAGUCGUAAAAGUGAUGAACGUAACAGGAAAAGUGAAUACUCGGAUAGUUCACAGGAAAGUGACAAUUCUGCUAAAAGAAGAAAGCGAAGAAAUGAAAUGCCUAAGCUUAAGCCCGUAAGAAAACGGUCAAAAACACCAACAAAACAACGAUCUUCCUCUGAGAAAGAUCAACCUGCAAAUGCUGAAACUGAUAAAUCUUGUAUAAAAACGAAACUUCAGAAAAUCGAAGAAGAGAUAAAACUACGUCAGUCAAAAUUGACAGUGUUACGACACAUUAAAUCAAACCAUGAUCUUGAGAAAAAUGAAAGCGAUGCUGUUAAAGAAGAGUUAACAACGAUUGAUAGUUAUUCGUCUUCCUUGACAGAAACAACAGGUUGUGAUGUAGAAUUUGCACCCAAAAUCAGUUGUGUUUACUCUACCUCUAGCAUCGAAAAUAUUGACAUGGUCGAUCAUGCCAUAAUUAGGUACAGGGAACUAAGUAGUGGUGCCUCAACACCUACAUUAGAUGAACCUGGAGACCAAGGAGCCAAACAGUCUGAGAAUGUUGCGUGCGGAAAACAUUUAGAUAUGACAGACAAUACAGAUAGGCAAAAUCAAAUUGCCUGUUCAGUUACUGAUGAGUCUCAGUGUAGCACACAGAGAGAAAACAUAGACAACUGCAAAAUAACACUUGAUGCAAAGAAAGAAAAAAAUGAUGACAAUAAAGAAUCUAAAACCUAUAACAUGGAGGAAACAGAUAACUCAUUGCAAAUAGAGAAGAAAAUUGUGAAGGAGGAACUGGAACUGGAAAGUUCAAAACAGGAUGAUAGUAAUAACGUUGAGGAAUGUGUUAAACAUGAAAGUGAAGAACCAAUUGAAAGUUCGUCAACUGAUAAAAACAUUGACAUUAAAACAUUAUUUAGAGAAGCAAUUUACAAAAUGGAUCCCUCUGAUUUGUAUGAACUCUUAACAGAAAAAUUAGCUGGUGAUGAGGAAGAUCAUUCAAAUGAAGGUUUGCAACAACAAAAUACAGCAGAAAGCAACAAUCAACUUGACAAUGAACACAGUGGUGAUGUUGUAGGUCUAGACUUAUCAUGUAAGUCUAAAUGUAAUGUUCAAGGCAACAAAGUAGUUGUGACAGAAAAAAAGGCAAACGAUAACAAGAACAGUUGUGAUACAGAUUGUCAAAGUAAAAUACCUGAAAUAAGGGAAUCACCCAUGUCUCAUGCUGUUAGUGCUGUAGAAGAUCAUAGUUAUUCUGCACCAAAGGAGUCUUGUAUUGCAGGUUUGGACAAUCUUGAUAUAUUGGCAAGUGUAGCAUCAGAGUUGCAAGCGGCUAAAGUAGUAGAUUUUAAAACUAAAAGUAAAAGUAAAGCGAUAACAUCUGCUAUAAACAUCUUAAAUGAAAACAAACAGGAGCAGGAAUACAUAUUUGACGCUGAAAAAUUCAACCCGAAUAUAAAGGGAGAACCUGUUGUUUCUUUAAGAAAGUUAGAUUAUAGUAAAACUCAUGACAUCAAACAACACGGUAAAGAGAAUGAAAAGAAAGCUUCAGAUAUUUCUUCCUCCACAAAGGAGGAUUCAUUAUUGAGGGUUAAAAUGGAACCACUUGAAAAUGAAAUUGAUCGUAUCGAAACAGGUCGUAGUCAUGCCAAAACAAAUCAGGUUACAAAUAAACGAAAAAAUGAUAAGAAAUUAAGCGGAUUAGAAAAAGAAUUGUCCUCUCUCAUAUCAUCAAGCAUAUCACCAGUUAUAGCUUCUACCAAACGAAAAACAGCUAAUUCGGUAGCAGCUGCCUUUGCUGCGUCAGAACAACCCCAUAUACAAACAAAAAACACAAAUACAAGAACCUCCAAACAUCACAAAAUAAUUAAGCAGGAUGACACAAAAACAAAGGGAGAAAAUGAACCUUCAACAAAAUCACCGAAAGAAUCAAAUAGCCAACAUGCCUCAAACCAUGGUAAAAUCUCAGGAAACCAAGAGCCAAAGUUUAUCUGCCGUGAAAAUCUUUUCGAAAAGUUCGCAUCGUCCGAUGUAAUAGAAAAAAGUUGUGAUAGGGAAACAAAUGAUUCUAAUGAAUUGUCUCCACCAAAAGUACAAAAAACAACUGCUGAAACACAAGAAAAAACACCACAAGAAUUCGCAAAGACAGUUAUUAAGCAAGAACCAGGUGUAUCUGAUGUUUUAGCAUCGAAAUCGCUGUCUUCAAUGUCCGUUGCUAACGUAUCGUCUGACAAAGCAAAUUGCAGUCGUAAACCUGGUGAUCAUCUUUUGAAAAAAUCGUUACUGUCACCAACUUCUGAUUUGGAUGAAUCCAUUAUUGAUCUUAUGAAUAAACAAGUAACUGAAAGCAUGAUGCAUACAGAAUUGUCUCUCAAUGGACUCUCUGUGAAUAUUAAGAAAGAACCGGUUAGUCCAAAAGAGGAACUUAGGUCAGAUGAAAACACACCAGUUACAAAAACAGAAAGCGGUAACAUAAACGAAACAUCAGACGAAUCAACAACUGAUGACAAAGGCAAAACCACAGAAGUAGAUCUGCCUCAAUCUAUUGUAAAUAUUAAGAAAGAACCGUGUAGCCCUGAUGCAGAACCAUUUUUUGAAAUUAAUAAAUUUACAGAGGAAAAUAAACCAAAAAAUCAGACGAUAGAAUCUAAUGCUCUUAAACAAUCCGAAAAUCUGCCAAUAACCACUGUAGAAUCACAGGAAAUCACCACCGAAAUCGACAAAACACUAAAAGAUCUGGAACAGGUUAUAGGUUUAUUUUCAGACAGGGUACGAAGCAACUCAGGAGAUGCUGAAAAAGAUAAUUGUUCACAUAACAAAAUUGGUGAAAAGGCAGUGAAGUCUAGUGAAACAGAUGUAAAAACGAAAAAGUUUAAAACAGUGUUGGACAGUACAUUAUAUGAUUCUAGCGAAAAAUGUAUAAAGGGAAGUGUUGUUAAAUGUACAGACCACCUCAGCAAUGAUAAACAGGAUGAACAAUUGAAAUCUACCCACUUAUCCAAAGAGUAUGUUACGGCCAACACUGGUGAGGAAUACAUGCCUAUUGAGGUUAUAACUGGCAAUGUUCCUCCAAAGAAAUCUUCUGCAAUUAUCAUAGCUUCAAAUUCAAUAACAUUGACUGAUCCGGAAACUACAAGUGUUACAUCUACCAACAGUUUAUCGAAAACAUCUGAAUCAUAUUUACAAAAUACUCCAGUUUCUUUGAAUAAACAAAGUAUUGAUAAAAUACAAAAUAAACAUCUGUCAAAAAAGCAAAGCAGCAAAACUGACGACACAUCUAGGGCUACACGUAUUCUCAAUGCAGUGUAUAAUGAAGUUACUUCAAAUGAAAAACAAACACUGGAUGUCGCCAAACGGAUCAAAAAGGAACCAGUUACAGAAGAUGAAUAUUAUGGUAUCACUUCGUCAAAGGCCAUCGAACCUCCGAAAAAGAAAACCGGUAAAAUUAAGACGACUAUAAAUGAAAAGCCGGUAAAAAGAAAAGUAUCAGAGUCGACAUACAGUUCAGAUUCAUCUCCAUAUAGGGAUUCAUCAAAAGUACACAUUCAAAAUCGAACUAGCAAACAGAAAACACCAACAAGGAGUGAGAAAGGUAAGGCCACUGAUAAGCAACAUAAAGACCCUGGUUUAAAUCAAUUGGAAGCAAUACGUACUCAUUAUUCAACAUCGACAAUUAAUGAUAACCAAGAUAUUAAGAAAACACUCCAUUUGAAUAGGGCUGAUGGAUUAUCAAAGUCAAGAAUACGUGAACGCAGAUCUAGGUCUAGAAGCUCCGAAAGUAGCUGUUCAUCUUCCACUGACAGCCCAGAGGAAAACUCCAGGAGGACAUCAAAUGCAAAAAACUAUUCAAGUUAUUCACGUUAUAAUGUAAACAGUUCUAAACGAUUUCAAUCAAUUGAUAACAGAACCUGGUUUGUCAAAAGCAAAUGGGAUAGUAAUGAAAGUAAACGGUCAAAUAAUUCUAUCAACAAUCAGUAUAGAUUUGGUUCACCUUCUAAGAAAAGCUAUAACAACACUGUCAGGUUGAACGUUAACCCUUCCAGGACUGCUAGUCAAUCACAGUAUCGUAUGGGGAAGCAGUCAUACAUUACAUCAAACUCGACCAAUCAAAAUCAAAGGAAAAGUUACAUUGGUGGACAUAUUCAUAAUCAAAGCACGUUUUUUUCUCCCAGUCAUAGCAAUCAGGUUAAGGCAGCAAAUAUCACUUCAACAUCUUUUGGUUCAUCCGGUAGUAAUAGUCAGAAUGAGAUAAAUGAUAGGAGCAAGAAUUUGAACACUUAUCCUAGGAUUUCUAUAAAACGAGAAAAAAGUAAUUCAUUAGAUAGAAAUGAAACAUCAGAGUUUAAACGACUCCGUAGUGUUUCCCCCGAUCAUGACAGAAGAUACGACAGGAAAAGACAGAGAAGUGAUUCACGCGACAGAACAUUGUUAUCUACGUAUAAAAAAUAUAAAAAUGAUGACCGUGACCGUAAAUCGUUUUUCAGAAAAAGUAGAAUUCGUAGUAGGUCACGUGACAGAGAUAGUAGUAGUUCUAGUGAUCGUAGUUUGUCCUCGAAGAAUCGGAUCGCUUCUUACCGCAGUGCAUCUCCAAAGAAUAGGACAAGCUCUAACCGUAGUUUGUCACCUAAGAACAGGGCAAAUUCGUAUCUGACCACCUUGUCCCCAAAAGACCGUUUAAAUUCUUAUCAACAUGCUAACAAUGCAAGGUAUGAUUCUUAUCGCCAAACAUCCCCAAAGCGUCACACAAGUGGUCUGAUCAGUGAUGUAAGUUGUCGAGAAUACCCUUCAAGCUCAUCAGGCAGUAAGGAAACCAAAGAAUCAGAUAUCAAUAAUACAUUAUCAAAGGCAAUGUCAACUUUGUUGAAGAAGAUAAUUUUCGAUGAUAAAAGUAAUGAUAACAGUAAGGAGGGAAGAAUGGCGGAAAUGGUUCUAGACAUGGUAAAAGCGCGAGUGACUGAAAAUAAAAUUAAUCCUGGUGACACAUUUCCUAAUCAAUCACAGUCAAUAUUACAAGAACCACAUAAAUCUGCAAACGAAGUAAAAAGACCAUAUUCUAGUAAUACAAAUGCCUCAACAAGAACACAAGGUUCAUCUACGUUUGAACGACCCAGGACUACAAGAUUUUCGUCGGUAAGCAGACCGACAUACAGUAUGGUAAACAAACCUGCCUACAACAAUUACAACCGAUCAAAUUACAGUUCAACAUACAACAAUCAGUAUAAAACAAGAUAUAAUCCAAGCAUGCGAUCACGUGGUUUCUCUAGUAAAAGAGGAUUCAUUUCUUCUUCAAGGCCUUGGUCAACUACAAUAUCAAAUUUUAAUAGCAGACCUUUUGAUUCUAGGUCAAGUUUUAGAAGCAGAGGAAGUAAUAGGCCUAUGCAUCGGGGUAGCUACCAAAAUGUAUCCUCACGAGGUAGUUCGAAAUAUCCAGAAAGGGAAAGUAGGUCUAGAGACCGAAAAGAGAGUCUUUCUAGAGACGUGAAAAAUGAUCGCUCUAGAAACAGGAAAGAAUUCCAUUCUAGAGACAGUAGAUCGACCUCAAAGUAGAUACAGGUGACACAGCUGAUGUUUGAUCUCAUUACACUUGACUUUGUAGUGGAUAUUUGUUUGAAAUCUGAUAUCUGGUUGAUUUGUUAACAAAAUGUAAAUACAGAUUGUUUCCUUCAUCCUUAGAUAAAAUGUACUGAUAUACUGAUAUCAAGUGUAAAUGUGGAUUGGUGAUAUUAUAAUGUCUUGAAACCAAAGAAUUUAUCAUUUACAAAAAAUGCAAAGCAGAUUGUGUUCUUGUGUUGGUAUUGGGACUGGAAUCAUUUUGAAAACAAGAAAAUGCACACCAACAAUUAAUCUAUUGACAUUUUAAAAGUUACAGUACAAAUAAAUAGGUUUUUUUUUUAUUUCAUCUAUCUAUAUAGUUUUUCAUAAAAAAAUUAAGGUUGAUCAGGAAGAAAAUCAUAUUGUUAAUAAAACACAAUUUUGUAUAAUUAUUUAUUUCUCAGUUAAUACUAAUUAUGUACAUUGAAAUAUGAUAGUGUGAUCGAUAUUUGUUUACUAAUGAUUUCUAUUAAUUUAAUAGUGUUUAAAUUGAUCUUUAUUAUUUUCCUUUUUCAAUCUGUUUGUGAUCAAUAUAAUUAUCUUCUUUUCUGCA